AUGAAUGUGAAGGCAAAGCUCAAGCACUUUAUAUGGAAAUGUUUACAGCAGUGCUUACCCGUCAAUGAGAUACUGUCAAAACGGCUAAGAAAGGGAGAAGGAAGAUGUGGCUACUGUGGAGAAGCUGAGGAAAUGAUGGAACAUUUGUUCUUCGAAUGUGAAAAUGCAACGCAGGUAUGGAAAAUGGCUCCAGUCAGAUGGGAGGGGUUGCAAGACAAGGAACAUAAUCUAUGGCUGUGGUGGGAACAAGUGACUCAAGCAUUAAAAAUGGAACAAGGACAGAACAGAGUCAACCUUACCAUAAACAUUUUGUGGCAAAUCUGGAAAUCCAGAAAUAAAAAAGUUUUUGAAGGUGCAAAUCAGAAUCCUCUCAAAACUAUACGGAAAGCACAAGCUGAGUGGCUAGAGUUUGAGCAAGAGAGGGAGACACAAAGGAAGUGGAACGUGAGACGGACAAGUUGCGAACCCAAGCAAAGAAGGGAGAAGCCAAGGGAGGGAGUGAUAAGGAUGUACACGGAUGCGGCCAUAUCAGCCAAAGGGAUCAGGACCGGGCAAGGAAUAAUAGCAAGAAACUGGAAAGGAAUACUAUUGAAAGCUAAAGGUGUAGUCACACAGGGAAGGGGAAUAGCAAGCAAAGAAGAAGCACUUGCCAUACGGAACGCAUUACUGAUGGCUAAACAACAGGGAUGGACACAAAUUAUAGUCCCAUUAGAUUGCAAAUCAGUAGUUGAGCAAAUUAACAGGAGCAGGGAGUAUGAUUUCACCAUUGCAACAAUUUUAGAAGAUGUACAGGACCUAAGCACAGGUUUCGAGAGAUGCUCUUUUGUUUUUAUUCCUAGAACAGAAAAUGUAAUCAGCCAUGUAUUAGCACGUUUUGCAGUAAAGCUAGUACAUGAUAUUGAGUGGGAAAAUGAUUUCCCAAUCUGGCUGGUUUAUUUAGUCAAGAAGGACUGCAGGGUAGUACCCCCUUUUUUGUAA